GGUUGGAAACCAGUUAGAAAGGGCUGCGUGCCGUCACCUUGGUCGCGAGGUCCAGUUGAUCAGUUGAAGCAAAACGGCGUCGUCCUUCAAGUCUCUCUCUCCGAUUCCAACGUACCCUAAUUUUUUAAUAUCGAAGCUCACUUUCGUAUUUUCUCCUAAAUUGCUCUGAACUUCACAAUUAGGAAUCUUUUAAAUUCAUAAUUGAGCUUGGAGCUGCUCCUUAUCCAAAUCCAACUUGCAUCAUGGAGGUCCCUGCUUCACCCUCUGGAUAUGAAAGGGAGAAUGAUAGGAAUGAGAGGAGGCAUCACAGAGAUGAGUCAAGAAGUGGUAGCAGAAGACUGACACAUGUAGACAAUUUUGAAAGUAAGGAGCCUUAUUUUGAGAGGGAUUCACGUAGUAGGUAUGGCCAUGAAUACAACAGAAAGAGGGAGCAUUAUUCUGAGAGGGAUUCACGUAGUAGAUAUGACCAUGAACGCGGUAGAAGUAAGGAGCCUUAUUCAAAAAGGGAUUCCCGUAGUAGGUAUGACCAUGAAUAUGGUAGAAAGCGAAGCAGAUAUGAGGGUUCCAGGAGAACACCUGGCAGGCCUGACUGGGAUGAUGGGCAAUGGGAAUGGGAAGAUACUCCUCGAAGGGACAGUGUCUCUAGUUCUAGACGUCAUCAACCUUCACCAUCCCCUAUGUUUCUUGGUGCCUCACCUGAUGCACGAUUGGUUUCUCCAUGGUUAGGAGGCAAUACUCCUUAUUCUUCUUCUCCAUGGGACCAUGUGUCUCCAUCUCCUAUUCCAAUACGUACUUCUGGUUCUUCAGUCAAAUCUUCUACUUCUAGAUAUAGUGGAAGGUCCCAUCAACUUACUUUUUCUUCGGGAGCUUCAAGUUCGUAUGAGGAUGAAGUGACUGAUAAGUCCGAGUUUGGUGAAGAACACAAGUAUGAGAUUACUGAAAGCAUGCACGCAGAGAUGGAAUAUGAUGCUGACCGGGCAUGGUAUGAUAGAGAGGAAGGUAGCACAAUGUUCGAUGGAGAAGAUAACUCAUCCCUUUUUCUUGGAGAUGAGGCUACCUUUCAAAAAAAAGAGGCUGAGCUUGCCAAAAGACUGACUAGAAGAGAUGGGACCAAGAUGUCCCUUGCUCAGAGCAAGAAAUUGUCUCAGCUCACAGCUGAUAAUGCUCAAUGGGAGGACAGACAACUGCUGAGAUCAGGAGCCGUUAGAGGUACAGAGGUUCAGACUGAGUUUGAUGAUGAGGAAGAACGCAAAGUUGUUCUUCUGGUGCAUGAUACAAAACCUCCAUUCCUUGAUGGCAGAGUUGUUUUUACUAAGCAGGCAGAGCCAAUUAUGCCAAUAAAAGAUCCAACAUCUGACAUGGCUAUAAUUUCUCGUAAAGGAUCUACUCUGGUCAAAGAAAUACGUGAGAAACAGAGUUCAAAUAAGUCUCGUCAACGUUUUUGGGAGCUUGCAGGCUCAAAACUUGGCGAUAUCUUAGGUGUUGAAAAGACAGCAGAACAGAUUGAUGCAGACACUGCUACAGUGGGUGAACAGGGUGAAAUAGAUUUUAAGGAAGAAGCUAAGUUUUCACAGCAUUUGAAAAAGGAAGAGGCUGUGAGUGAUUUUGCCAAGUCAAAGAGUAUUGCAGAGCAAAGGCAAUAUCUGCCCAUUUUUUCAGUGCGAGAUGACCUAUUACAGGUAAUUCGAGAAAAUCAGAUUGUGGUAGUGGUUGGAGAAACAGGCUCAGGAAAGACAACCCAAUUGACACAGUAUCUGCAUGAGGAUGGCUACACUAUAAAUGGUAUAGUAGGUUGCACCCAACCCAGGCGUGUGGCAGCUAUGAGUGUGGCCAAGAGAGUCAGUGAGGAGAUGGAGACAGAGCUGGGUGAGAAGGUUGGCUAUGCUAUACGGUUUGAGGAUGUGACUGGGCCAAAUACCAUUAUAAAGUACAUGACAGAUGGGGUUCUUCUACGAGAAACACUCAAAGACUCUGAUCUAGACAAGUAUCGGGUUAUUGUCAUGGAUGAAGCCCAUGAAAGAUCAUUAAACACGGAUGUUCUUUUUGGAAUAUUGAAGAAAGUUGUAGCUCGGCGUCGUGAUUUUAAGUUGAUUGUCACGUCAGCAACGCUGAAUGCACAGAAAUUUUCACAUUUCUUCGGAAGUGUGCCAAUUUAUCAUAUUCCUGGGAGAACAUUUCCUGUGACUACAUUAUGGAGUAAAACUCCAGUUGAAGAUUAUGUUGAAGGUGCAGUGAAGCAGGCCAUGAGGAUUCACAUUACUAGUCCUCCAGGUGACAUUCUUAUCUUCAUGACUGGCCAAGAUGAGAUUGAGGCAGCUUGCUACGCCCUUGCAGAAAGAAUGGAGCAGAUGGUCUCUUCUUCAAAGAAAGCAUUCUAUGUCAUAGACACAGGUUAUGGUAAAAUGAAGGUGUAUAACCCAAGGAUGGGAAUGGACGCUCUCCAAGUCUUCCCCGUCAGCCGUGCUGCUGCUGAUCAGCGUGCUGGUCGAGCUGGUAGAACUGGGCCUGGUACAUGUUGUCGACUGUACACAGAGAGUGCUUACCUAAAUGAAAUGUUGCCCAGCCCUGUCCCUGAGAUUCAAAGGACUAACCUCGGCAAUGUGGUCUUGUUGCUGAAAUCUCUUAAAGUUGAUAAUUUACUUGAUUUUGAUUUCAUGGACCCACCUCCGCAAGAUAAUAUUCUCAAUUCUAUGUACCAGUUGUGGUUAUUGGGUGCCCUUAACAAUGUGGGUGCCUUAACAGAUCUUGGCUGGAAAAUGGUUGAGUUUCCACUGGACCCUCCACUUGCCAAGAUGCUUUUGAUGGGUGAACAGCUAGGGUGCCUUGAGGAGGUUCUGACGAUUGUUUCCAUGCUUUCAGUACCGUCAGUUUUCUUUAGACCCAAGGACCGAGCAAAGGAGAGUGAUGCUGCACGCGAAAGAUUUUUUGUGCCAGAAUCUGAUCACUUAACCCUGUACAAUGUCUAUCAGCAAUGGAAACAGCAUGAUUACAGAGGUGACUGGUGUAAUGAUCAUUUUUUGCAUGUUAAAGGUCUAAGAAAGGCCAGAGAGGUGAGAUCCCAGCUGCUUGAUAUUGUCAAGACACUGAAGAUCUCUCUAACCACCUGUUGGCCUGAUACAGACAUAGUCAGAAAAGCAAUUUGCUCAGCAUACUUCCACAAUGCAGCAAGAUUAAAGGGUGUUGGAGAGUAUGUCAACUGCCGGACUGGGAUGCCGUGUCAUCUACACCCCAGUAGCGCACUCUAUGGCAUGGGUGCAACUCCGGAGUAUGUGGUUUAUCACGAGUUAAUCCUAACCACGAAGGAGUAUAUGCAAUGUGCUACAGCCGUGGAGCCCCAGUGGUUGGCUGAGCUUGGACCCAUGUUUUUCUCUGUUAAGGAGUCUGAUACAUCAUUGCUGGAGCAUAAGAAGAAACAGAAACAAGAGAAGACGGCCAUGGAGGAGGAGAUGGAGAAUUUGAAGAAGAUGCAAGCAGAGAUUGAGAGAAAACAGAAGCAGGAGGAGAAAGAAAAGUUGGCUAAGCAGCAACUGCAAGUCUGCAUGCCAGGUUUGAAAAAGGGGUCUUCCACAUAUUUGAGACCAAAGAAACUUGGUUUGUAAAUAAAGUUGUACUCUCAAGAUGUGAUUGCAUAUAUGACUAAGGAACUAUGGGAAUGCAAGUUUUGCAAAAUGUGAUUGCAACUACAUUUGUCAUACAUGAUUCCAUUCCUUUCUUUGUUUUCAAACAUUAAGAUGGCAUAUUCUGCAAAAUUCCUGAGAUACAUCAGCAAUAUCUGUUGCAUUCAAACGGAAAUUUGUUAUGCUCAUCAGCAAUAACCAAUAGCACAUUAGCAGAGAUGUGGUGUGCUUUAUAUAUAUAAAAAAACUUGGUGAUGUUUCAAAGGUACUCAGAGUAAUGCUACCAACAUUUUAAAUUUGAUUACAUUUUAUUGUGAAAUAUAUUAAGUUUGAUUCAAUAAAUGUAUAAUUAUGUUGCUUAUGUAUCAUGAUUUUAGUGAUCAAAUAUUGUAUUAAUAUGCAUAAGAAUUUCUUUCUAGCUGUUGACUGAUGUAUGCCCAAGUCAUGAAAUCAAAAUUGCUGACUCUAAAGUAUGAACUGCCUUUACCAACUCUUUGAAACAUUUCACCUUAAGCAAUUCACAGUGCAAUAUGGUUCAAUAUUGAAGUUCACCAUUGUUCAUUUGUGUAACAUGAAUGGAAACUGAAAGUACUGAGUAAUGUCAGGCCCUCAGGGCACUUGUUCUGUUUUUCGAACCAAAGUCCUCUCUCUUUUUCCUUG